AGCUUUUUCCCCCUUCUGCAAUAAUUCUGUGAUCAGCCACGGGACAGAGGCGCCAGCAGCCUGCCUGUCACAGGCAUCAGGUUAGCUCGCUCCCACUCGGGUGGCGCGCCCAGGAUAUAAAUCCAGGCUCAGGCCCCUGCUGUGUUCCUCUCCCUGCACACCCCGGAGACGGAGUUUCCUUCCAAAGACCUUUCUUUUAUCUGAAGCCGCGCAGCCCAGCAGGCUGCACUUGGUGGAGGCAGCCACGGCAGCCGCCAGCGCAGAAGCCUCAGCAAGGAGACCUGCUGGGGUAGGGAGGGCAGGUGUCGCCAGCCCUGGAGAGGGAGGCCCUGGUGGGCCUCAGCCCCUGAUGUCAUCACAGUGGAGCCCUGUGGCCCCUGCAGACCACACCAUGUGGGCCCUGGGGUGCCAUCGAUCUUGGUUACACUGGGGGCUGCUGCUGCUGCUGCUGCUGCUGCUGGGGGUGCCCCUGAGAGGCCUGGCACUGCCGCCCAUCCGCUAUUCCCAUGCAGGCAUCUGCCCCAACGACAUGAACCCCAACCUCUGGGUGGAUGCCCAGAGCACCUGCAAGCGAGAGUGUGAAACAGACCAGGAAUGCGAGACUUAUGAGAAGUGCUGCCCCAAUGUGUGUGGGACCAAGAGCUGUGUAGCAGCCCGCUACAUGGAUGUGAAAGGGAAGAAGGGCCCUGUGGGCAUGCCCAAGGAGGCCACGUGUGACCACUUCAUGUGUCUGCAGCAGGGCUCUGAAUGUGACAUCUGGGACGGACAGCCUGUGUGCAAAUGCAAAGAUCGUUGUGAGAAGGAGCCUAGCUUCACCUGUGCCUCAGACGGCCUCACCUACUACAACCGCUGCUACAUGGAUGCUGAGGCAUGCUCCAAGGGUAUCACGUUGGCUGUGGUCACCUGCCGUUAUCACUUCACCUGGCCCAACACCAGUCCCCCACCACCUGAGACUACUGUGCAUCCUACUACGGCCUCUCCAGAAACUCUGGGGCUAGACAUGGCAGCCCCAGCCCUGCUCAAUCACCCUGUCCAUCAAUCGGUCACUGUGGGUGAGACAGUGAGCUUCCUCUGUGACGUGGUGGGCCGGCCCCGGCCUGAGCUCACUUGGGAGAAGCAACUGGAGGAUCGGGAGAAUGUGGUCAUGAAGCCCAAUCAUGUGCGUGGCAAUGUGGUGGUUACCAACAUUGCCCAGCUGGUCAUCUACAACGCUCAGCCCCAGGAUGCCGGCAUCUACACCUGCACAGCCCAGAAUGCUGCUGGGGUUCUGAGGGCUGACUUCCCACUGUCUGUCAUCAGGGGGGGUCAGGCUGGCACCACAUCAGAGAGCAAUCUCAAUGGCACAGCCUUCCCAACAGCUGAGUGCCUGAAGCCUCCAGACAGUGAAGACUGCGGUGAGGAGCAGACACGCUGGCAUUUUGACGCCCAGGUUAAUAACUGCCUCACCUUCACCUUUGGCCACUGCCAUCGCAACCUCAACCACUUUGAGACCUACGAAGCCUGCAUGCUGGCUUGCAUGAGUGGGCCGCUGGCCACAUGCAGCCUGCCUGCCCUGCAGGGGCCCUGCAAAGCCUAUGCGCCACGCUGGGCCUACAACAGCCAGACAGGCCAGUGCCAGUCCUUCAUCUAUGGUGGCUGUGAGGGCAAUGACAACAACUUUGAAAGUCGGGAGGCCUGUGAGGAGUCGUGUCCCUUUCCACGGGGCAACCAGAACUGUCGGGCCUGCAAACCACGGCAGAAACUCGUCACCAGCUUCUGUCGGAGUGAUUUUGUCAUCCUGGGCAGGGUCUCUGAGAUGACCGAGGAGCCUGACUCAGGCCGCGCCCUGGUGACUGUGGAUGAGGUCCUAAAGGAUGAGAAGAUGGGCCUCAAGUUCCUGGGCCGGGAGCCACUGGAGGUCACUCUGCUUCAUGUAGACUGGGCCUGCCCUUGUCCCAAUGUGACGGUGGGUGAGACACCGCUCAUUAUCAUGGGGGAGGUGGAGGGUGGUAUGGCCAUGCUGAGACCUGACAGCUUUGUAGGUGCAUCUAGUGCACGGCGGGUCAGGAAGCUCCGCGAGGUCAUGCACAAAAAGACCUGUGACGUUCUCAAGGAGUUCCCAGGCUUGCACUGAAGCUGGCCCAUCCACCCUGGCCCUCCUCCAUCUAUCUACCCCAUGCCCUCAGUCAGCAACCAGGGCAAGAUCAGAUUAGGCAGUCUUGAGCCAUCAGGGAGACAUCAGCCAACAUGUGGGAGAAAAGCCACCAAGGGUCUUAGAUCAACUUCUAUUUUUUUGGGUUCAAUAGGGGAUCCAUGUCCUUUUUUAGAUGGGUGGGAUUGGGGGGUAAAGGACGUAAAUUAUUUCCCAUGAGCCUCUCUGUCAGGUAGUCUCAUCCCCCUUUGCUGCCUCACUCCCUUCUACCCAGUCUCCCAGCCAGGGGUCAAGAGGAGCUGGCUCCUACAUUAUUAAAUGGUUUGGCUUGCACAGAAGGGUAUGUGGGGAGAGAUAAGAGAGCCCAAGCACCCCUCCAUAUGUCUUCGCCAUGGCCUCCUUGCAUUAAGAAUUGUGAGCAGUGGCACAGUCCAACCCAGGAUAUAGUUUGUCCUGAGUAGAGGCUUUAGGGAUAGCUGCCUUCAGUGGGGUCAGUCUGCAUCCCUAAAGUCAUCACAUUGCCAGCAGAACCCACAUUUCUUAACUACACCAGUCUGUUACUUUGGUUCUGUUCAGAUCAGUUCAGUGGAUACUUCCUGAGUGCCAGGUGCUAGGCCCAUAGAAAGCUGUCACUGUUCCACAUUCAGCACCAAAGCACAAAGUCCUAAUCCCAGGGUCCCCUGGUGUCUGCCCAGACAGCUGUCAGACACUUCCAUCUGAUGGAAGCAUCCAUCAGAUGCUUACACUCAUAUGUCGCUGAUUUCCUUGAAUUCAAUGCAGAGAAACCCCAGGAUCUGUUUUGAUAGCAAGAGAAAUAAGGAAGAGGAAGGGCUGGCAAGGCAGCUGUGGAGGAAUGAGAGAGAAAGCAGGAGUAGGGAGAGAGAAUGUUGCUUGAUGCUACCAUCUGGUGGUCAUUCUGGGAGCCUGCAGGGACCAGGAGGGAGGAUCUAUCUAGGUGGAGCCUGGGAGGGACCUUUUGGAGAUGUGGCAGCUCUUUGGUCACUGUUGUUUCCAGAUUCCUGUGUGGUUCCUAGCCAGGAAGGCACUAACUAGGCCGAGGACUUGGCACUCCACUGUCAGCUCUGCAUCUGCCCUGCUCCCUCCUCAGCCCUUCAUUCUGUCCACACCCCUCCAAAUCAUUGUGGGAUGCCUUCAUUUCUUCCUCAAAUAUAAGGAGGAAGAUACCAAAUAAAUACUCACAAUGCCAGCCA